AAUCAGGGGGUUCCCUUCCAACUUACCUUCCUACCCUUGCUCUUCUAGCGCUGGACCUUGAAAUCCGCCCACGUGCUUACACCUGCACUUACGCGCAUCCGCGCACUCCCCCUUCCCCCAUGCCUCUCCACACGCCACCGCCAGUCGCUGCGCAUGCCUGUCUGCGCGGCUGCAUUUCUCCCCUCAUCCCCUCCUCCCGUCAUCCCCUCCUCCCCUCAUCCCCUCACCCGUCUGCGCUCCCCUCUCUCUCUCCAGCUUUCACGGCGCGCAUCGGCCAGUCGUCGGCGCACCGUGCGCCAUCGCCUCCGCAUUCGUCUGUGAAACAAAGUCCUGGUCUGGCGAAAAGCCCUCGACUCGCGAGGUUCUUCCAUCCUGAUGACGCCACGUGGCAGGAUACUAAUGGGCAGGUUUCCCGCAACGGCGGGGGAAGGUCCGCAUGUGCGAGUCGGCAACAGCGGGACCGGCGGCGGCGGCGGCGCGUAGGCGAUCGACUGCAGCAGCAGUGCCAGUGCUUUUUGGAUGCCUCGUUAAAUGACGAAGCUUCAUCUGCUGGUUCCUCUUUUGACGCGACUCGCCAUCAACCCGCUUCCACCCACAUUGCCUCUUCCGCUUCCUCCCCUCACGUCUCCGCUUCCUCCGCUUCCUCCGCUUCCUCCGCCUCACCCAGUUCCUCCCCUUCGUCGCUGCCCCCCACUCCAUCCCUGUCGUCCGCCCACACCCCUUCCCCCCACAUUGCCUCCUCCGUCUCGUCCCAUCACCUCCCCGCUUCCUCCGCUUCUCCCCCCUCCUUUCCCCCAACCGCCCCCCUUGCGCCCAUCCUCCUCCCCCUGCUCUCCGCCUCCCCUCCCCCGCCCUCCUCCCCUGCGCCCUCCACUCUCCCCUCUGCGCCGCUCCCCUUAGGGCCAGGUCACUUUGAGUAUCUGCCGCUGAAGGCUCCUUUCCGCAUGGCCAUGGGGGUUGAGCCCAUGCACAUGCAAGACUGGAUAGAGAUCGACCCCUUUUACCGGCAGGAAAUGGCUUUAAGAAAGGCAAUUCUAGCGAAUCACCGGAGCACCGUCAUUGGAAGGGUUGGGGGGGAGAGAAAGAGGGGGGAGAGUGCGGAGGGCAGGGGGGGGAUGCAGGGGAGUGGGAGGGGAGCGAGUGAGGGAGGGAGAGGGGGAGUGGGAGGGGGAGAGAGUGAGGGAGGGAGAGGGGGAUUGGGAGGGGGCGAGAGUGAGGGAGGCGGAAUGGGAGUUGCUUCACAUGCUGGCUAAUUUCCUGCCCUCGAGAUAUCCAGAUAUCUUCUCCCUCUCUCACUGUCGUCUGCACAACCACGCCACGGGUGAUUCGUUCGACCUGUCGGAUACAUCCCAGGACCCCCUAGAGAUCAUCUCGCAACUGAUACAGGAAGAUGUGUGCCUGAUGAUCCCUUGCUCGACCUCCUCCACUUCCCCUUCCUCCUCCUCCCAUCCCUCCACUUCGUCCCCUUCCACCACUCCUCCCCUCUAUCUAGUCUCUGGUGCUGUUCUUUUCCCAAACGGCUGGAUUCUGCCCGAAAAACUCGGGCUGCCCACAGCUCAAAUCCAUGGGCCCGUGCCUCUCUACGAGUCGACGAUCUCUCGAGCAGUCAACAAAUUUCUGAACAAUUUGCAGCCGGGCAGCCCGUUUUCUCGCUCCAAUUGGACUAUAACCGACGACCCGCGCCUCUUCCGCCCGAUUUCAGAGGCUUCAUACGCCUCUCUGGUGCAGCUCAGGGCCAACAUGGGAGAGAGCAGUCAGCAGACGCUGGAGCAGGGGCAUCCAGCAGAGGGUCAGGCGCAGGAGCAGCCGCAAAGCGAUGAGGAGGAUCCAAUAACCGUGGAGAAUGCGGGAUGGAAGCUGUUCACUCGGAGUGAAAGGGAGACGUUCGUGCGCCUGCCUGAGACCGGAGCAGUACUGUUCACCAUCCGCACACACAUGAAGCCACUGCGUGUCUUCUCCGGGCGGCGCCAGCUGGCUGCUGAUGUGGCGCAGGCCAUGGACGCGCUGCCAAGCGAGAUGAGGCGGUACAAGAUGAUUGGAGGGCGGCUUGCUGAUGUGGCACGGGAGUAUCUGCUGCGAUGCUCCCAGGGGAUUGUGUAGUGGUUUACAUUCCAGCUAACUCAGCCUGAGGACUUGUAGUGUGGAAGGGCUGCUUGUACACCAGCUGCGCUUUCUUGUCUUUUUUACAGCGCCUCAUUGUAUGUACAGUGCGAUGAAAUGGCUUUGUACAUAAACCAACUUGCUUUUG